AUGCCGGAUGGAACGGAAGGAAUCGAAGAGCAAGUUUUGAGUCUGCGAACGCCUGAGCAGCCAUCGAUCGAUUUAGCGUCAAGAAGGUGGCAGAUUUCUGUUCGAAGAGUGCGAUCAAUCCGAAGACCGUCUUAUCGUGCCGGUCGUCAAGCGUCAUUAGGCCGUCGAGGACGCUUCAACUACGAUGGCGAGUACCGAGGUGAAUUUUCAGAAACUAGAAAAUCGACCAUUUUCUUGAUCAGGUCAUUUGAAUUUCUGUGA